AUGGCACAACGCGCUCUGCCUCUGCUCCUCCUCCUGGCCGCCGUCGUCGUGGUCGUCGCCGCAGCGCCGUCCCAGGGCGAGUUCAUCGAGCUCGGCUCGAGGCGGUGGUUGCAGGAGAUGGGCGCCGUGGCACCGGCCGAGGGCCCCGCCGCGGCCGACUCAGGCCUGGGGUACAUCAGCUACGGCGCCCUGUCCGCCAACACCGUGCCGUGCUCGGAGCGCGGCCUGUCCUACUACAACUGCCAACCCGGCGGGGAGGUCAACCCCUACACUCGCGGCUGCUCCGCCAUCGCGCUGUGCCGCGGCUGA